UCAAGAGCCUGCAUGGUUACAGUAUCAGAGGAGGACAAGAGGAAAGAGAUCAGAAGAUGUUCCAUUUGGUCUCAUUUCUACAAACAAAUGAAGUAGCAGUGGUGCCAGACCUCUGGGUGAAUGGGGGGCAAUGUGCUUGGCCUAAACUAAAAGGCGAGCAUUUUACCAAGGCUGUGAAAACAAAACUGCAACCACAGAAGGAGUGGAAAAAAUAUAGGAUUAGGAUUCUCUAUACAGCAGAAAAGUACGAUGAUGCCAGAAAAAAACUCCCUGAGGCCGAAUUAUACUCAGACAUUCAGUCCGAUACAGAGGUGGUCAAAAUGCCUAGGCGAAUUUUGAAAAACCGUAGGUUUCAGGAUUAUGACCAUGGGACUGAUAGUGAAGAUGAUGGUCAUACUGUCAGGGGCCUGGUACCGCCACCUGUUUUAAAACCACCACAACCAGCUGUUGUAGCCCAAGACAUUCAACAUUCUUCUUCCUACCACGCUGCCAAAGAGCCACUUACUGCCUUCUCUCAAGAAAGUUACCAGCAGUCAUUAUUCAGCCACCCUGCCAGUCAGCCUUCUACUGACCACUCAUCAGGAAGUUACCAGCAGACAUCUCUCUGCAGUCAUCAUUUUUCCAGCUCACUGAUCAGCCUAUCCACUCAUCAGAAAAUUACCAGCAGUCAUCGCUGUGCCCCCCUGCCAGUCGACCACCUCCCAUCCACUCAUCAGAAAAUUUCCAGCAGUCAGCCAGCCAGCCAUCUACAUCAUGCUCAUCGGGAAGUCUACAGCAGCCUCAGACACUUUACACAUCAGGAAGAUUCUUGCCAGAAAUAUACGAGUGCCCAAUUCAGUCUCCAGCAGUGCAAACAAAGAGUGAUAACUCAGUGAUGAAUGACGAUCUCUCCCCACAAAGGAACCAGCCUCUACAAA